AUGGUUUCAAUCAAAGACACGUUUGCUAAAGUAUCAACGCGGUCUGCAGUUGUUGAUUACCAUGUUAUUGCCUCUAGUAUUCUUCAGCGACGUUUUGUUCAGGCAGUUUUUAUAACUUAUUUAAUAUCUUAUAUUAUUUCAAUGAUCAUUGAUAAUACGUUUAACAUUUUAAGACCUAUUUCUUGGAUAUAUGUCGGUUUUAGGGCAUUUAUUUUUUUACUUUCAGUGUUUCCACUUUUUGUUCUAAAAAAAGCUAAUCUUCAUGUUGAUUAUCAUACAAGAUCAUCAUUUAUUUCAGAGUUCUAUCUCAGAUUGUUUUCAUUUAAAGCAUUAAGAUUGACGUUUAUUUAUCUUAUUUCAUCUUUAUUUAUAACUAUGAUAAAUAUGAAUACAAAAAAUGCAAUAUCUUUCAACCGUUUUAUCAUUUCUAAUGAAGUUUAUACAUAUUCUCAACUAAAUGAAAAAACAAUAUAUUUUGUUUUUCAUGGUUUAUCUUUAGCAAUCAUAACAUCUAUAAUCCACAGCUUGAAUGAUUGGGAUAAAAUGGAAUUUUCUGUGUCUAUUCAAAUUCUUCCUAUUCGUGUAAAAUCAGAAAUAGUUAGAAUCAUAAUUCAUUCUGGAUUGAACUCUUUAAUGUUUUCAUUUUUUCAUCCAUUUCUAUACUUAUUUUUAAGACAACAUAUAUGGUCUUUUACUUUGCAAAUCUUUCGACUAUUAUUAUAUAAAUUGAAUAAAAUAUCUCUUUCUUAUUGGCCAUUUUCUACAAAGCUUCUUUUCUUUUCUACAUUUAAUGCUUUUAUCAUGCUUCUACUUUGGAACUCUGUUCAUUCUUUAUUUAGGAUAUAUUUAUCUCAUGGACCUAUGUCUUAUGGAAAAUUAGCAAGUGAACGGUCACCUGAUCCUAAUGGAACUCUUUUAACUGGGUUAAUAGCAGAAUUUAAACCAUUAACUCGAAUGAUGGCAUUUGAGGAACUUUAUUAUAUAUUACAUCAUGAUUUUCAUCGCUGUGAACAGAUUUUUAAUGAUAUUGAUCGAAAUCCUGCAAUGUGGCAGCAAAUCAUAGAAAUAUGUCUUAAAAUUAUCAGUGAUAUUCCUCGAGCUCUUCAAAAACGGUAUCAAUUUUUAGAAAAUAAAUCUUUAUUUUCUCAACAAAUCAAUCCAGAAUUUGCACACCAAUUUUACAGUCAAUUAAAUACUAAUACUGAAUCAAAAAAUACAGAUUCAAUACCUUCGCUAACAAUUAAAAAUCAAAAUAUCUUUUUAGACAAGCAAGUUCGGAAACGAACUCAUAUAGAUAGUCUAAAACAUCAAAAUUAUACAAAUCAGUUCUUGCCACAAUCUAAUAAAAGUCCAAAGAAAAAUGAUAAUAAAAAUAUUUCCAAAUUUCAAUUUAAAAAUCUUAUAACAUUAUAUUCAACAUUAUUCUAUAAAUCAUGGCUUGGGAUACCAUUUAGACAAACUUUACGAAGAAAAUAUCAAAUUUUAUUUCCAAAUACUCGUUUACUAAUUUUAGCUAUAUUUGAUUUAUGUCAGCUUGUUGCACGUUCUACUGAUCAAGAUUUGUUUGGUAUGGUUCAGCGUGAAGUAGCAUUAAUUUUAGAAUGUUUGCAUGUAGCUCUUGAGGACCUAAAACAAUUUGUCAAAUCACCACAAACCUACUUUCCAGAUACUAUGUAUUUUUCAGACAAUAAUGAUUAUUCCUUUGAAGAGCCUGUUGCACUUUUGAAAACUUUAGAAUUUGGUAUGUUAAAUAUUAUUUCAAAAUUCGGUCCUUAUCUCUCUGGAAUGCAUCUUCAACCUGCUACUGCAUUAAAAUGCCAAACACUCAUUGACUUUAAUUUAUCUAGUGACUAG